UGUUUUGAAGGGGUUGGAUGAUCAAACCUCAUUGAGUCCAAAUGGAUGCUAAGAUCGCAUAAUUUAGUUACGGAAAAUCGCAGAGUCCAUAAUACUGCUCAUCGUGAGGGUUCUGGAGCUUGGCCUUGGACUACUUUUUCUUAAAUCAUAUUGAAAUCCCGUUGGUUACUUGUUUUUGAAUGAAGUAAAUUUCUUUGCGAGAGAAGUUGCAGCUAGGUUUAUGUCCAAAAAAAACCUAACUAGCGCAGAAGAAGACCACUGACAAUAGGCAGAUAGAUCCCCUGUCAAAUGGCUUCCACGGAAGGGGUCAAUGUGAGAUUGGUUCAUGUCAUCUGAGGUUUAAGGGCAAUUGAGGUAAAACUUCGUUGUUAUGGCUCCUCCAAGGGAGGAUGUUGCAAAUACACUGGGGAUACUUGUUGCCACAGAUUGUCAUCUGGGUUAUAUGGAGAAGGAUGAAAUUCUCCGGCAUGACUCAUUCCAGGCAUUUGAAGAGAUAUGCUCCCUAGCAGAGCAAAAGCAGGUGGAUCUCUUACUCCUUGGUGGUGACCUUUUCCAUGAGAAUAAGCCCUCAAGGUCAACAUUGGUGAAAGCCAUUGAAAUUCUUCGUCGCCAUUGCCUCAAUGAUCAACCAGUGCAAUUCCAAGUUGUCAGCGAUCAGACUGUGAACUUUGCAAACUCAUUUGGUCAUGUAAAUUAUGAAGACCCUCACUUCAAUGUUGGCUUGCCAGUGUUCAGUAUUCACGGAAAUCAUGAUGAUCCAGCGGGGGUGGACAACCUUUCAGCAGUUGAUAUCCUUUCUGCAUGCAAUCUUGUGAAUUAUUUUGGCAAAAUGGUUCUUGGAGGUUCUGGUGUUGGGGAAAUUACUCUCAACCCCAUUCUCAUUAGGAAGGGAUCAACUUCUGUAGCUCUGUAUGGCCUUGGAAACAUUAGAGAUGAACGACUUAAUAGAAUGUUUCAGACACCUCACUCUGUCCAGUGGAUGUGACCUGAAGCUCAAGAUGGAUGUCAAGUAUCAGACUGGUUCAACAUUUUAGUACUUCAUCAGAACAGAGUUAAAACAAAUCCUAAAAAUGCAAUAAAUGAGCAUUUCCUGCCUCGGUUCCUGGACUUUGUUGUGUGCGGGCAUGAACAUGAAUGUCUUAUUGAUCCUCAGGAAAUUCCAGGCAUGGGUUUCCGCAUAACUCAACCAGGUUCUUCUGUUGCAACAUCACUAAUUGAAGGAGAAUCAAAACCAAAACAUGUACUUGUUUUAGAAAUCAAGGGAAAUCAAUAUCGCCCAACCAAGAUAUGUUUGAACUCAGUGAGGCCUUUCGAAUAUACCGAGGUAGUGUUGAAAGACGAACCUAACAUUGAUCCUCAUGACCAAAAUUCAAUUCUUGAACAUUUGGAUGAAGUGGUCAGAAACCUAAUAGAAAAAUCUAGCCAAAAGGCUGUUAACCUAACAGAGCUGAAGCUUCCACUAGUCCGAGUGAAGGUUGAUUAUUCUGGAUUUAUGACAAUCAAUCCUCAAAGGUUUGGGCAAAAGUAUGUGGGAAAGGUUGCAAAUCCCCAGGAUAUCUUUAUAUUUUCAAAGGCUACACGGAAAGGUCGCAGUGAAGCUACAAUUGGUGAUGCUGAAUGGCUUCGACCAGAAGAACUAAAUCAGCAAAAUAUAGAGGCAUUGGUUGCUGAGAAUAAUCUGAAAAUGGAGAUCCUUCCAGUUAAUGAUUUGGAUGUUGCAUUGCAAAAUUUUGUGAACAAGGAUGACAAAAUGGCUUUCCAUUCUUGUGUGAAGUACAACCUUGAAGAAACACGUAAUAAAAUUACUCAGGACUCAGGAAUUGCGAAAUUUGAGGAGGAAGAUCUGAUUCUCAAAGUUGGGGAAUGCUUAGAGGAACGUGUGAAGGAAAGGUCACUGUGCUCUAAAGAAGCUCCAGAAUUCACACAUACUGCACAUCCCUUGGGGGACUUCGGAAGUAAAAGUACACGAGUUGGAAGUGCAGUUUCCUUUAGUGAUGAUGAUGAUACCAAUCAAUUCUCUACUUCAAAGUCUGCAACUAGAGGCAGGAAAAGAUCAUCAAUACCUUUCAGUUCCUCUCAUGAUCCACCAGAAGUUGCCAAGACAUCUUCAAGAGGAAGAGGCAGGGGUAGAGGCAGAGGCUCUAGUAAGUUAAAGCAGACCACCCUUGAUGCAGCUAUUGGGAUCCGCCACUCACAGAGAUCUGCAUCGGUGCAAAAUAUUGCUGAUGAUGAGGAUAAUGUGGAUUCUGGUUCAAGUGAUGAAGCAGGGAAUAAUGGAGUACAUGAGGACAAUUGCGAAAAUCAUCAAGGCAAAGGACGCAAAAGAGCUGCUCCAAGGGGAAGGGGUAGAAGUUCUAUACCGUUCAAGCAGGGAAGAAAAUCAGGUAACUCUUCAUCUUCAGUCCAUAAAAUGCUUAUGAGCAAAGAUGAUGAAGAAGAUGAUGAUGACAUGGAAAGGAGAGUGAACAAGUCUCAACCACAGGUAAGUGGUUCUUAAAGAAUUAUGUUUCCUCAUUUAGCUUCUUGCGGAAGAAUAUGCUAUGUUCUAAAAAUGACUUGUAUUAUUGCCACUUUAUGAUUGAGGAGCCAAAAAAAUAAUUUCUUAAUUCUGAUCUGUCAAUAGUGUUGGAACUUUUAGAUUUUUUGUUCUCCUAUUUUUACUCCAUUAAACUGGAUUCUGAUAUACUGGAAUGGAUUACAAAAUUUAAAAUUCAAAUUCAAAACUAAACUUCAAAAUAUAACCAAAAUACCAAAUAUCCUGCAAGAAUCUCACAUAUAUCUUAAUACUAGAGAUUUUUGCUGGAAAUUCCAAGCAUGUCUCUCAAUAUUUGAGACCUUGCUUUAGAAAGAGACUUGGUCAAAAUAUCAGCAACUUGUACCUCUAAAUUGCCACGACCAAGCUUAAUUUCAUUAUUCUUCUCAACUUCUCCUAUACAAUGGAACUUCACAUUGAUGAGCUUAGUUUUCCCAUGCUGAACAGGGUUUUUAACAAUUCCAAUAGCUGAUUUAUUGUCAUAUCUAAUCUCAAUUGCCUCUUGUAGCUCCAUUCCCAAAUCCUCUAGGAUUUUGUAUUUUUGUCAGCAGUGAACUAAAACGCGGCCUAGGCGGUGCCGAGGCGCUAGGCGACCACUGGCCACCGCGAUUAUGGCCAAAUCGGCCACCUUAGGCACCGGCCCGACUAAUCAGUACCGGGCAGCUAGGCGGCCAAGGUGGACGCCUAGCUGCGUGAACCGCCUGGCCGAUUAUGGCCCAAUCGGCCGUGUGAAUCGCCUCGGCCGUUUGUUUCCCCUUACCCGUUACUCCUUCUCUCUUGUCGAUUUCCCUUUCUCUCUCGCUCACACUGCCACCAACUGUCUAUUGCAGAGUCGCCGUCGCCUCUAUCAAAUCUUGUUGUCGCCAUUGCCUCUGCCACCGCUUGACAGGGACGGGAAUAGCCUUCGGGCUUACCUGUGGUAGCACAAUGAAUAGGAGGCAGCGAUGCGAUCAAAAGAGGUAGGUGACCAUCGCUGUGAUCGAAGGAGGCAGGUUUGAGAGAGAGAGAGAGUGCUGAAAUUUCGGGGGACGGGGGGUGGGGGAGUGAGAGAGAGAGAAUAUAUUAAGAAAAAAAUAAAAAAAUUAAAUUUUCUAGGCACCGUGUAGGUGCUAGGUGCCAGUCUGCCGCCCGACUAGCGCCUUUUAGAACACUGUUUGUCAGCCAAAUAACUUGGUUGGUAGCAGCAGCUGCUGCUGCUACACAUUCUGCCUCAGCAGUAGACUAUGCUACAACCUCCUGUUUCUUUGAAUUCCAUGAAAAUGCACCUGUCCCCAAUGAAAAAACAAAACCUGAUGUACUCUUCAUAUCCUUAACUGAUCCAACCCAGUCACUAUCUACAAAUCCCUGCAAAUUUCCAUUUUCAGACUGCCUAUACCAGAUUCCGAGUUGAAAUGUUCCUUUUAAAUAUCCAAGCACCCUCUUUGCUGCACCAUAGUGAGUCUGACUAGGUCUUUGUAAAAAUCUUGACAAUAGACUAGCUAAAUACAUAAGAUUAGGUCUUGUAGUUGUUAGGUACAGUAGGUUUCCAAUCUAGCUUCUAUAUGUGGUUGCAUCAUCACCAUCUUCUUUGGAUAAUUUCUUAUUCAAAACCAGUGGCAUUCGAGCUGGUUUACAGUCCUGCAUUUUGAAUUUCUUCAGAAUUUCUUGAGAAUAUUUUUGUUGAGAGAUAAAUUCCAUCCUUAUGAAUUUCAAAUUCUGGGAGGUACUUCAUGUCUCCAAGAUUAAUUGUCUCCAAAUGAUUCUUCAUCUCAGCUUUAAACUUCUGCAAUUCAUCUGGGGUACUACCAGUUACAAGCGAAUCAUCAACAUAUAAAGAUACAAUCAGUACUCUGCCAUCAGAAAAUCUUUUCACAUAAGAUGCAGCAUUAUUCUCGCACCUUUUGAAGCCUUUGUUGCACAAAUAAGAAUUAAUCUGUUGUACCCAAGCUCUAUGAGCCUGUUUCAGUCCAUACAAGGCCUUUUGAAGCUUGUAAAGUUCAUCUCCACUGCCUUGAAUACUCAGGUUGAUCACCACAAAUUUCCUCUUCUAGAUGGCCGUUUAAAAGCGUUGACUUGACAUCCAAAUGAUAGAUUUCCCACAUCAUUUGAGCUGCAAGUGCAAUUAAGAUACUGAUUUUAUCCAUUCUGGCCCACAGGAGCGAAAGUAUCCUCAUAGUCAAUCCCUGGCUGCUGUGAAUACCCUUGGACCACGAGUCUUGCUUUAUACUUGUGAAUAGAACCAUCAGGAAUUAAUUUUAUCCUGAAUACCCUUGUAACACCAGGGGCUUGUUUGAUUUCGAGUCUGCUAACUAGCUGCCAAGUAUCAUUUUUCUUUAUCAUUGCAAUUUCUUCUUUCAUAGCAGAAUACCACUCUUCAACCUUGUUUGCGUCUGCAUAGAUGGUAGGUUCUACAAUAGUCCCGUUAUGCCUUCGAUAAAUCUCAGAAAGAGACUUGGUUCCUCACAUUGGUGUAUCUUCCAUCAGAUUCAAAUUCCAAAUCUGAUUGAUGAAUAGAGUCAACAUUUUCACCUUUCAAAAUGAAUGUGACGGGCUUUCUUUCUACUUGAUGUGACUCCCAAUUCUAAUAAGCAUCUUCAUAAAUUUGGAUAUCUCUGUUGGUGAACACUUUCCCAGUUUUGAUAUGGUAAACUGUGUAGCCUUUUUUACUGUGAGCUAUAUAGCCAACUAUGAUUCCUUUCUCAUUCUUCGCAGAUGAUUUAUGUCCACUCCACGCUUCUAUCAGUGUCAUGCCAUGAACUGCUCUUGUUGGUAACCUGUUAUGCAAGCAUAUUGUGGUAUAAACAACUUCUUCCCAGAAGGCUUUUGGUAAUUGCUUCUCAGAAAUCAUGCACCUAGCCAUCUCAAGUACUGCCCCAUUUUUUCUUUCAGAGAACCCAUUCUGUUGUGGAGAAUAGCUGAUAGAUAGUUGGUGCUCGACCCCUGGUCUUCGUAAAAUUGGUUGAAUUCUGAUGAAGUCUAUUCUUUUCCAUUGUCUGACCUAAAUGUCUUUAAUUUGCAGCCACUUUGAGAUUCAACCAACGACAAACUUCCCAAACACUGAAAACACUUGAGAUUUUUGUUUGAGAAAAUAAACCCAGGUCAUCCAGGUGUAAUCAUCAAUAAAAAGAAUGAAAUACCAAUUACCACCAUGUGAAGGAGCCCUCAUUGGUCCACAUGCAUCACUGUGAAUCAAAUUCAAGCUUCUCGUUUGCUCUUCUUGCACCACUUUUAGGGAAAGAUAAUCUAUGUUGUUUACCUAGCCAUCUCACCAUUUAAUGGAAACCUUCGAUCUUCCAUAGGCACAUUUGCAAGUUCAAUUCCAGCAGGAUCUAUUACUCUACUGGGCUUGUUUUCAAACAUCAAAGUAACCAUUUUACAUCAUUUGACCCUCAGUCAGCAAGUUUUGAUCCAAAUCAGGUACUAAUAAGACAUCAGAAAUAAAUUUAAUACCUGAAGCAAUCUGAAUAGCCACAGUGCAUCUGCCAGUGACUGAUACCUCUCUGUUGCCCAUUUUAACAGACUUUUCAAGUGAUACUAGUUUGGUAAACAAGUCUGUGUCCCUAGUCAUACGUUGAGCACAUGCAAUGUCUAGAAACCAUGGAUCAGAAUUAGAACUUUUCAUCUGCAUAACCAUGAAAAAGCAAUCUCCUCUUGAGCCUCAUUUUCAGUAAAAUUCGCUUGUUGAACCUGUUGUUGGUUCAGCUGCUUUCAGGCUACAAUUUCUCUCAAUAUGGCCAACCCCUCUUCGUAAUGUCUACAUUUAGGUUUUCCCUUAUACCAACAAUCUUUUUUCUAGGUGGUUAGCCCUUUUGCAAAUUCCACAAGGACAAAAUUUACCUCCUUAUCCAAUUUCAGGCUGCUUACCUUUCUUGAUUUAUCACUUGUAGGUAGGGUCACAAAUGAGCCAAGCUGUUUGCGAGCGGCUUGGUGUUCAGCUCAACAAAAGUGAGUUUGAAUUCAUUCGUUAAGGUAAACGAGUCGAGCUUGAACACAAUAAAGCUCGACUCAUUAAAGCUGACGAAUAUGUUCGAUGAGAGACUCGUGAAUAGUAGUAGGUUUGAUUAGAGACUCGUAGACAUACUUGAUUAGAAGUUCGCAAAUAACUCAUGAACAAGCUCAUUUAUAAGUACAUUAAUACAUUUAUUUAUACUUAUAUAAAUAUAUUAUUUAACAUAAAAUUAUCAAACUUUAAAAUAUUAUAAUAAUAUAAUUAAAUUGAAUAUGUUUAAAAUUAUUAUACGUAUUAAUUUAAUCAUUUAACAUGAUAUAAUAUAUGUAUAUAUAAUUAAUGUGAACGAUAUUAUGUUUAUUGUACUUUGAAGUUAUUAUUAGUUGAUUAUCAUGUUGAGGUUAUAUUUGUUGAUUAUCAGGUUUUGUUUAAGGUUAUGUUUGUUGAUUAUAUGCAUAUUAGAUUAUCAGGUUUUUAAAAAAUAAUUCUAACAAAUUCAAGCUUGAGCCUGAACUAGUAGGCACUCGAGCUUGGCUUGUCAACCUUUUGAUGAGCCGAGCCCGAGCCGAGCUUUAAGGCUUAGGCUCGAGCUGGAGCUCUAGCCUAGAAAUUGGCUCACCGAGUUGAGGCUCAACUUAGUUUGAUUGUGACCCUUCCUGUUGGCAUCUUACCAUCUCUAAGAAGAUGAUGGUUUUGGUUUUAGCCUUGCUUGGAAUGCAGCUUCGUUUUCUUCCACAGUCCUAGGUUUAUGUAGGCUCAUGGGAUUGCAAAGAUCUAAUAAGCUUACUGAGCAUCAGAGUAUUGAGAUCUUUUCUCUCCUCCAAAGCUGAAACUUUUGCUUCAAAUCUCUCUGGCAAACUGAUAAGAACCUUUUCAUUCUUAUCUUCAAGUUCUUCACCAUGCAUCUUCAUUUGGUUAACAAUUGAGUAAGUUCGGUGACUUAGUCAAUUACCUUUUCAUUUUCCUUCAUCUUCAGCAUAUCAAACUCUCUCUUCACAUUGAGUAGUUUGAUUGUUCAUAUUCUCUUUGAACCUUCAAACUCAUCAAGUACAUCCCAAGCCUCCUUCACUGUUGUAGCAGCGGGUAUUCUUGGAAAAAUGGCACCUAAGACUAUACUUGAAGGAAAGAUAAUGCUUUGUAAUUUCUUGAUGACAAAUCCUUCUGUUGCCCAAUUUGCUGCAGAGUAGGAUACUCUACUUCCUCCAAUUCAUAAUCUCUCAACCAUUUUCCACAGAUCAUAGGCCAGGAAAAUAAAAAAAUUCAUUUUAACUGAUCAAAAAUGGUAAUUUUCUUCUGUAAACACAGGUGGUGUAGGCAAGGCUGCACUAUUUCAAGCCAUAGGAGAAACUCUUUGGUUUUACCUCUCCUUUUGUUUUUUCACAAUGCUCUGUUACAAUUUGUUGGAAUUUUCAGAUUCUCUCUUAUUUACUGCAGAACAAGAAACUGCUUGUAUAGUUGUACAAAACUGAUUUCUUACUUCUACUCCAUCAAACCAGAUUCUGAUAUACUGGAAUGGGUUAGAAAUUUAAAAUUCAAAUUCAGAACUCAAAUUCAAAAUAUAACCAAAUACCAAAUAUCUUGCAAGAAUCUCACAUAUCUCAACAAAUAGUAAUACCCGAGUUUUUAACUGGGUAGUGUUUUGGACUUCUUCUCAAACUGAGGCAGUUUAUACUUUCUGAAGGCAACACUUCCAUUUCAAAUUUUUGUUAGCUGCAAUUUAAUGUGAAUUUAUUGUUGUACUGUAACUUAGACCUUAAGUCAUGGCCAAUAACCACUUCACCAAAACCAAUGGGAAAGGAAAGAAAAUAGAGAAGUUAUCGUUGGUCAUUUUUUCAUGAAGAAUUGAAGUUGCAGUUGCCUAAAGUGACUUGAAAGGGGUUCGCAGAAUAAAUUUAGAACCUGGUUACAUUUGGGGAGUAAACUGUUAAAAGUUCUGAAAUUGCACGUGUACAUUCAAAAACUUCACUUAGAUAUUGCCAUGACAUUACAUUUAGCUUAAGAUGGUUUCAUUUUUUUUUUUUUUUGGUGGGGGGUAUAAAAUCUGGGAUAACACUUCUCUGAGAUUAUGAUACGCAUUGCACAAUAUGCAUUUACCCAUAUCAAGAAUAAACUAUGGAUUCUUUCUUCCCUUUUAGUUUACAAUUUUUUUUUUUCUUUCAUCUAGUUUGAAUUAGGGAAGAUCAUUUCCAAAAUGCCCUUUACAUUCAUUUAUAGAAGCUGAUUUUUGUAACUUGUAAAUCAUUCAAUUUUCAUUUAAAGAGAAACACACAUCUAGUAUCACACCCCUGCUUUACAGGUUAUGUAACUGGCCAUGAAUCCUAAACCAAGACUUAAAGUUCAUGUAGACUAAAUAUCCUUCCAUAUUAUCCCAAAAAUGACUAAAAAUUAAACAAACCCAAACUAAGUCCACUGGUAAUCCCCCAAUCCAAUGUUAGGACCCUAAGGUUUAUAGUAGCUUGCACCUUACAGUAGGGUUGGGUGUAGCAUAUUAUUUCUCAGUAGUAGUUAGUUAUUUUACUACCUGUAUUUUCUGUUUUGCCUUUGUAAUAGAAUCCUAGCAUAGGAGAACUAUAUGUAGCUACUAGGGCUGUUGUAGAGGGGUCAUUGAGAAAUAUCAAUUGAAUCUUUUGAUUUCCCCUCUCCAAACUCUCUCUCCCUUUCGGAUCUGUCUCUUUCUCUCCCUUAGCUUCUCUCCUUCUCUUUCUCCCUACCCUAAUUCUCUCAGUCAGCAGACAAGUCACUUGCCAGGAUCCUACUCAAACCCUAGGCAAACCCUAGGUACAUGACAUCCAAGUCCACAUCAGCCUCACUAAUCCUACUCACUUGAAAAUAUGUUAAGAGAGUGAUGAGUUUAAAGUUCAAUGAAGGUUACCCUAUAUAAUGGAUCGAUACAACAACAUAUCCAGCCUUUAUCCCACUAUGUGAAGUCGGCUACAUGAAUUCUAGACUUCUGUGGGUUACGCCCCAACAGAUAGUUUGUAUAGAAUUCAUAUUUGGAUCCGACUAGGUUUUACGCUGGCUGUCGGCUAGUUAACACAACCCUCUUUUAUCCGGGUUUGAGACCGACAGUGGAUAACAUCCCCUAAUAGAGUAAUGAUGAAAUGAAGUUUCAACACCAUUUUCAUAUGGAGAAGUUUCAUAAGAUGGUGGUGAAUGAAGAUAAUUGAUAUAGUUGUGUUCCAUCACUUAGUUGACAUGACGAAAUCAACAAGUACAAUAUGGAAACACAACCAUAAUAAAGUUUUUGAUACAUAUAAUAAAGAAAAUUUCAGUUUCAAAGUUUCACCAAGAUUUCUCAUGCAAAAACAUAUAUCAACAAAAGAAUCAACUCAUGUAGUAUCGCAUGGCAUAUCCAUUCAAUUUCCAUAAUGUAAAUAAAUCAUCAUCUCAAUAAAUAUUUCCAUGGCAAUACAGCCCAAAUUCAUUGUUGCAAGAGGGGUUCUCCUAGUACUCUUCCUGGAUCUAGUCAAUAACUAGCUAGUUCCCCUAUCUUUCUGGAGUCCAACUGUAUAAGGUAACCCAUUACUCUUCCCGGAUCUAGACAAUACCCCUUUCUUCCUGGAUUCCAUCAACAUGCAAAGUAAUCCAAUACUCUUCUUGAGUCUAGUCAAUACCCCUUUCUUCCUGAAGUUUACCAACGUAUCAUGGUUCACAACAUAGGAUUUCCAUAUGCUAGAAUCACAAUAUUCUCUUCAUACUUUUCAAAGUAAUUUCACAAUUCUACAUUCUCAAUUUAAUUUCAAAUCAACAAUUCAAAUAUAUAUCAAGUAACAAAAUUGAGAAUUUAUAUCACGUUAAAAUAGUUUUCCAGACAUAACCACUUACCAAACCCCUUUGUAGAGAAAAUCCACAAAUAUCCAGCCACUGUACUUCUCAUUGCUAAAGUUUUGAUGAUUUAAUCCUCCUAAGUUUGGAUUUAUAAGUUUCUUAGGGUCCAUCCAAUUCCUCUUUGGUUUCGCAUUGAAUUUCCCCUGUUAUUUCUAAUUUUUCAAUUAACCAUAAUCCUUAUCAAAUCCUAACUAGCUAAUACGUUACAUCUUUAAUCUCAAUCCUUCUUGAACUAUGAUAACCCCUUAUCUCAAUCUCCAUUUAGAAUAUGAACUCAAUUCCAAUUUCUAUGAAACUAACCAUUCUAUUCUAAAAUGGUUUUAGAAAUCCAAUUUCCUCUUGCAUUUAUCUCUUUCUAAAAAUUCAGGUGUUACAUCUAGACAGCAUGUGUUCAAGAAAAAAAUUCUCGAUCUCCUAUGCCUUUAACUCAGACAUGAAGAAGCCUCCUUUCUUUCAAAUACUUUUGUUAACCAUUGAACAACAAUAGACUUUAUCUUGACAUGAUGAAUAGUGAUGCUCAACUGUUAGGUGUAGUCCUCCCCAUAGCCUUCGAGGAUAUUAAAGUAAGAGAAUAUUUUAUUCUUGUUAUUAUAACGUAGAAGGUAUACAAUGGGUGUAGGGUCUUAGACUAAUCUAAAAAGAUAAUGAACAAUUAAAGAAAGAUUACAAAGAAUAUAUAGAAGAUUUAUAAAAUAUUCUAGUAAUAUUGUCAAGAUAUUCAAACAAAGGAGACCAUAUUGUCUAAAACAAUAAUCUUCCCAAAGCAUUCUAGCAAAGGUUAAAGGAGCCAAGAAAACCAGUUGGUUCUUUGAAACUUUUAUAAAGGGAUCAAGAAAAUGAGUCACACUAUGGAAUUUUGCAAGAGGGUAAUUGAGCAAAGGUUAAAGGAGAGAAACUAAGGCUACGUUCUCUUUGUUAUUUUUAAGUCAUUUUUAGUUUUUGAUUUUCUAAAAUAAUGAAAACGCGUUCUCUUUAUUGCUUUUAAAAAUGCAUUUUUGAAAACAAAAAAAAAAAAAUUGUAAAGAAAACUCAAAACAACAAAAAGUUAUUUUGAGUGUUUUCAUCCAAAACAAACUCUAAACUCAAAACACAUUUAUUUAUUUAUUCAUAUUUUAUUAUUGUAAUGGGAAAAAAUAUUACAAAAUUCAUUAACUUUAAAAUGUAUAUAUUUUUUAAUAAUAUAUUAACAUUAAAUAUUUCUAAUUUACUAAAUAAUCAAAUUUAUUGAAUAAAAUAUUAUUAAAAAAUUAUUUUCAAAAUUUCAAAAAGAACAUGUUUUCAAAUUUUUUGUUUUGAGAAAUAGUUUUUCAAAAUAACAAAGAGAACGCGUUUCUAAAAACAGACUACCAAAAUAGAAAACUGAAAAUGAAUUCAAAACUCAAAAUUGAAAAUUGAAAAGUAAAGAGAACGCAACCUAAACUCUUUGAAAACCAGUUGGUUCUAUGUCUAAUAGCUACAUAAUGAAAGCUAUCUAUUUAGUGAGACCCCUAAAGGAAAGGUUCAAAUAUAAACAAAAGGAUUUACGUAUACUAUUUAUAGUCUUGAAAAAAAAAAACUAUAAUAGAGACUAAGAGAAGUAUUGUGGAAGUUACUGGACAGGAAAGGAGCUUGGAUUGCUCACAGUAAGGUUACUGAGGACAUGCAUCGUCAAAGUAAAAACUUGUAUUAGGACUUAUUGUGGAGAUAUUAAGGCUUUCCUAGUUACAAUUAGAUUACAUCAGGGACCUGCAUUGAGCCUUCUUUACUUGGCAUGAUGGAUGAACUCAAAAAGCACCUUGAAGAAGAAUUUCUUUGGUAUAUGUUAUUUGUAGACAAUAUUGUCUUGAUAAAGGAGACAAAAGAAGAAAUAAAUAAUAAAUUUAAAUUAUGGGGAAACACCUUACAAUCCAAAAAGUUUAAAUUAUUUGUCAAGAACUGAGUAUGUGAAAUGUAAAGUCUUUAAAAAUAGAAGUGGGUUAAUUUAUUAUAAAACUUGGGGAUCUAGUUAGAGAUCAAUUUUGAAAACCUUGAAUCAACUGUUUAAAAGAAUGGGACAUUAUGGAGGAUGAAACUCAUAAUAUCAAGUUUGGAUUGUUAAAGUGAAGAAAUGCAUCCAGUAUUUUAUGCAAUCAUAAAAUCCUUUGAAAGCUAAAAAGAAAUAUCAAAUGGCUAUAGGACCAUCCUUGUAUGGUUUAGACUGUUAGGUAGUUAAGUGUCAAUGUGUGCAAAACAUGAAUGUAAUUGAGAUGAAAAUCUUAUGGUAAGUGUGUAGCUUUACAAGAAAAGACAAGAAUAAAAGAGAUCAUAUAUAAUCAAGUUGGAAUGGAGCCUAUUGAAGAUAAGAUGAAAGAGUAUUGAUCAAGAUAAUUUGGAGAUAUGAAAAGAAAACUGAUAAAAGCAACUGUGUAAUGGAUUCUUUAAAAUAAAAAUUGUAGUAAAAGAGAUAAAGGAAGACCAAAAAAAAACUUGGUGGGGAUAAGAAACCCUUUUAGACAUGGCAUGAGGUAUACUCAUCUUCCAUGGAUAGACAGUGGGAUGUCUAGACUUAGAUAGCUAUCCCGCCUAGUUAGAUCAAGUCUUUUAAUUGAUGUUUUUUUGUUUUCUUUUGAGAUCUUAGACUUGUUACUUUUAACAUAUUGUCACUUUUAAGAGAUGCAAUGGUUUGUGCCAUUAUUUAAAUGAUAUGCAAGUAACAUGUUUAUCAGAUUCAGAAAAUAUUGCCCGAAAGGAGGGAGAGUCCUAAAAUUAGUGAAUUAGAUAUGGCCAGAACUUUUUUGUGGAACACUAAUAAAAAAUUCUCAUGCCAUCUUGUGUCAUAAAUAAAAAAUUCUCAUGCCAUCAACACUUUCAAACCAAAAACCUAGACAGACUCCGAUAUUUCUUGGGUAUUGAAGUUGUACAAUCAAGAGAUGGUAUCUCAAUCUCCCAAAGUAUACACUUGACAUCUUAGAAAAAACUAGUAUGGUGAACUACAAACCAAUUGACACUCCAAUAGACCCAAAUAUCAAACUCUUGCCAGGAGAGGGGGAGCUCUUUUUAGAUCCUAGAAGUAUCGAAGACUAGUAGGCAAGUUGAACUAUCUUACAAUCACUUGUUCUAACAUUGUUUUUGCUGCGAGUGUAGUUAGUUAGUUUCUUAGUUCUUCAUGUGAUUCUCACUGGGAUGUUACUCAGAUUUUGAGAUACAUCAAAAGAGCACCAAAUAAAGGACUACUCUAUGAGGAUAAGAGAUAUACAAAUAUUUGUUAUUAUGUAAAUGCAGAUUGGGUAGGAUCUCUGUCUGAUCGUAGGUCAAUCUUUGGGUAUUAUGUUUUCGUGAGAGGAAAUCUAGUUUUUUGGAAAAGUAAGAAACAAAAUGUAGUGUUAGAUUCAGUGCAGAGGCAGAGUAUUGGGUUAUGACUAAUGCAACUUGUGAGCUCGUCUAGUUUAAGUAACUCUUGCAGAAGGGAGAGUCUUAAAAUUAGUGAAUUAGAUAUGGGCAAAACAUUUUUGUGGAACACUAAUAAAGAAAUUCUCAUGCCAUCUUUUGUCAUGAAUAGUGAACAAUGAUACACAACAUUCGCCAUAACAUACUUAGUUUUAGGAAAAUAAUAGUACCACCUUAAGAACAAUAAAAGGGAAGGGAGACCAAAAUUCACUUGGAUAUGGAUAAUAGUAUGUAUAUAAAAAUAUGAUACAUAGUGCUUUAAUCGAGUUGACAAUUUUGUUAUCUCUUGUCAAUUUUUAUGUAAUGGGCUUAAUGUAUUUUUAAGACAAACAAUAUAAUGACUUUAUAAAAGAUAAGAUUAUAGACACAGAAGAUUGGUGAGUUCGAAUUCACAUAACAAAUCCUACCUAAUAAGAGUAAGGCGUGGUUUCGGUGGUGGUGGUGCAAUAAUAUUCUUAAUGCAUUUUCCACAGCCCUCUAAUCAUGUGGCAGGACAUGGAACAUCAACACCUUCGAGUGCAUUAUCACUAUCGUGUCAAAAGAAAGAUGUUUGUCGCUGUUGGCACAUGACUUAUUAAGUACCAAAGAAAUUCAUUGAUCACUUGUCAUGUUGCCAUCCCAGUAUUGUGUAAAAGCUCUUGUUUGGAUUUUGUUCUAAUCAAAUGGGAUUGUUGACAUUGAUGUUAAACGAUUUAUAGUUGAGCCUAGUGACUACUCUGUGUAGGUAACAAGAAAUUAUGGUGCCCUAUGGAGGUAGCUACCAUGGAGGCACUUUUUUUUGCACCCGUACCAGCCCACAUCAUUUGUAUAUGUAUUACUCUUUCAGGAUAUCGUGUUAUCUUGUUAUCUAAGCAACAAGAUGUUUGGCAGCUUUGUUUAUAUAGUCUCAAAAUUAUUUUUUUUUGGUGGGUUGGUGGCAUCUGUAGCAGCAACUUAAUGACCCAACUCACAUUUUUCCCUUUUGUUGAUCCUGUUUUCAAAUAUUUGUAACUGUUGGUAACGUGCCUUAGUGCUUCAGUUAGGGAGUUGCUAAAUAAUAGAUCAACAGACCAAGUCUUUAGAGAAUAUUUUAUGUUUUGAUUAUGGCUUAAUAUUAGGAAGUUGUUUUUGAUUUCAACUUAUAUUUUUGCUAUAUAAAUUGAAGUUUAUGAUUGAAUAAAACAUUGAAUGACUUUUGCAUUUGAAGACCCUCUCGUUGCUUUGCUAUUUUGCUCUUUGUUUCUGUCAAAAACUUUCAACAUGGUAUCAGAGCCCUUCUUCUUGAGGGACCUGUGACAUUGAGUGAGCUAAAAUACAACCCAAAACAAGAAGAGUGAGUGAUGGAGGAGAAGCUGGUAGAAAGGUUGGAUGAAGAUGAUUAAGAAGAUGAAGAGACACGUAAGAAAGCAAAAAUAGAUACACCUCAGAAGACAGAUGGUAAGAAGGGCGGUGGUGGACGCACAACAACUCUCCACCCUGCAAAGCAGGUGGCAAAAACUCCAACAAACAGCAACAAGGCCAAAGAACAGAGCCCCAAGUUUGAUGGAAAAGUUUUAUGCAAAAAAAUCAACAACAAAAUGAAGCCAAAGCAGUAAUGAAUAGCCAAUCGGAGGAGGAGGAGUUAUUUUAACUCUAGUCAAAAUCAUAUCCAUACUUAAUGCCCAAAAAAUGCCUAUGCCCCAUAACCAUACCUAUGUCUCAUAACCAUAAACCAUGAAAUACCCAUAUGCCUAUAUCUAAGACAUGCAAAAAUUAAAAUUUGCAUUUGCAGCAACUAAGGCAAGGAGGAGCUGUUGGUAACGUGCCUUAGUGCUUCAGUUAGGGAGUUGCUAAAUAAUAGAUCAACAGACCAAGUCUUUAGAGAAUAUUUUCUGUUUUGAUUAUAGCUUAAUAUUAGGAAGUUGUUUUUGAUUUCAACUUAUAUUUUUGCUGUAUAAAUUGAAGUUUAUGAUUGAAUAAAACAUUGAAUGACUUUUGCAUUUGAAGACCCUCUCGUUGCUUUGCUAUUUUGCUCUUUGUUUCUGUCAAAAACUUUCAACAGUAACCAUGUUACUUUAAAGGGUGAACUUGACAAUCUUAACCGUUAAAACUGAUUUGUUAUUGAGCACUAGGACUAUCUAAUUAUAUGUUGCAGGAGGUGAUUAGUUGUAAAAUUCAUAGCAUGGCUUUGUUAUGUUCUCAUGUUUUCUCUAAUUUGAAUGUUGGUUUGUGGUAUCCCUCAACGACUUGAGUGGCUGUUUAGAUUGAUGAAAUAGGACAACUGUCCCACCGUGGGUUUGGGUUGUUGCCACCGACAAGUGGCUGAAGAAGGAAGCUCGAGGAACAUUGUGGCAAGCCAAAGUUAAGAGGAUUGCUCUUACCUGCACUAUUUACUAUCUUUGGAGCACUAGGAAUAGGAAGAUUUUUGAAGGCCAUAGGCCUUGUGUGGAUACGGUCAUUCGUAGGAUCAAAACACAAGUAUACAGAGUCAUUUUCUUUGUAUUCUCAUGUUUUGAUUCAUUUUGAGGCCCUCGCUUUGAGUCAUUGAUUGUAUUCCUUUCAUUUCUUUGCCUAGGUAUGCCCAAUGUACUUGUAAUGCCCUUAAUUUUUACAUAGCUAAUAUUUAUAUUUUUUCUCGGGGACGUGAUGCUGGCACGACUACCAACAACUCAUGGCGACCUCUUCCUUUGAAACUCUAACCGAGGAAUUCAAGGGAAAGCGUCAGAAUAAUUGGCACCUGCCAUAGUCGUAAUUAAAAUACAACUAACAUACUUACUCCUGAAAACAAAGCUUUGCUAUUGCCUCAUCAAUCCACUUAACUCAUUUUUAAGCAUACAUUGAGGUCAGUUACAUUAAACAAUGUUGAAUCUAACAUGUUAUCCUAUUACAACAUCUGCAAUAAGAAGAAACCACCAGGACCUUAUGGUUGGGACUGCUAUGUACGUGUCUAACCGUUGCCUCGAGCACUGCUUACCUUGCCCUUGCAUGGUACCCUGGUCUUACUUGGAAUGACGUAAGCGAAAUGUGAGCCGCAAGGCUCGCAAGUAUAAUAAUAUGAAGGCAACAGGUUACGAAUGGAACUUUCCUCAUAUCACAUGCAAUUCAUGUCAAUGCAAUAACAUACUAUGUCAUGAUUCACACGUGUCUUAGCUCUAUAUGCAUAAACAUAAAGUAAACUACACAUAGAGGGUCAUUGGGGCCCACAUAAGAUACACAUGCUGGUGCCUAAGUUCUACAUACAAACCUGUGAGCAGCCCAAUAUAGACUAUCAUAUCAUCAUUCCUGACUUGCCUUUUCUUGACUUUGGUAGACUUUUCCUAACAUUCAUAAUAUGUUUUUCCUGUCAUAUACAUAACAUAUCACCACAAUUGGCCUCUCCUAUCAUUCAUAACAUGUUGUCGUGGACCAGUUCCACGAUCUUACGCCAUGGGUCUCACCCACCUCUCAUAGCCACUCUUCCUCACCAUGCAAUGCAACACAUUAAAAAUGCAAUGGCAUCUGCAGCAUAAACGUGAUGUCAAGAUCCCCAUAAACCAAACAUCAGGCCAUGCUACAUCCACAUAAAAAUACACACAUGUGAAAUGCUUUAAAUGCAUAUGCUUACCUAAGGUACCCAAACUAGCUCUUAGGCCAACCGGGUUAUGCCAAUGCUCACACACCCCAUUACACACAAAGUAUGUCCCCUCAAUGAAUGCAAUCCAAACCUCAUGCAUCACACAAUAUCAUAAUAUGCACAAAUCAAGGUGAAAAUCUAGUAGUACUAGCUCUUCUAACCCGUCUCUCGUUUAUCAUAACAGCUGAUAACUGGCUCCCACACAUCCAGCCACCGACUGCCACGACCCACGGUCAAUAGUCAGUGGCUUUGUACCCCCAUACCUUUUAAUACCCACAAUUAAGAUUUACUUAUAUUCUUUAAACUUAGCAUUUCAUGAGCUUUCCCUAGACUCCCCAUACACCUCACCCAUUAAGACUCUUAAUAUAAUCAUCCAUUUUGCAAGAAGACAUAAUUCCUCGUGUAUUCUGAACCUAGCAGCAACGCAUCAUCCCUUAAAAAUUUGAGGGCGGUUCAAAACCCUCAUUUAGAGUACGGACAUAACUCAAUUGGAAGUUAUGUUAUAGGCCAAAUAAAUAAAAACCAGACUAAACCGUUCAGAUCGAAGAAAAUAAUACGAAAAAGACUCGCAACGGGAACUUACAAGUAAUCGAAAGAGCGAAUAACUUAAGACAGGGUUAAGAGCUUGAGUAAGGAUCAAAAACAUAAGAAAAUGGUUAGGAGCUUGUAUAAAGAAAUAAAGAAGUGGAAGCUUGCAUAAAGGAAAUAAAGGAGUAGAAGAUUGCCUGUUUAAUGGCGGAUUCGACGAUUUUUCUGCAAGAAACACCAGUUUUUGUAAAUCAAACAUUAAAUAUUUUUAUAUAGAAUUGUAAAUAAUUAAAAGAGGAGUUACUAUGUAAAAUUUCAGGCAAAAAUGGCUCUUCACGUGCCUUGGGAAGGUGGCCCACACGCUUUCACGCGCCGUCCUUGUUCUUUGACCAGCUUGCGCAGUUUUCGUAUUUCAACCAUAACUCUCAUUUUAGCUUCAAUUCAACCCU